AUGCUCGGGGCGGCACUAGCAAAGUCCAAGGUUGACAAGGAGAACCAUCGUUCGUUUCUGUUUGUUGGAGAAGGAAGUCUUCAAAUGAGCGUUCAAGAAAUUAAGACCAUGAUCAAAGAGAACCUAGACAUCAUAAUCUUCGUCGUUAACAAUGACGGAUGCACAAUUGAGCGUGCAAUUUAUGGAAGGAGGCAGGGCUAUAAUGAUGUCUCACUUUGGAGACAUAGAUAUGCACUCCAUUUCUUCGGUGUCGAUGAGAAGCUUGCAGCUGAAAGCAACUUCACCGCUAGGAUUUACGUUGAGCUUGAGACUGUGCUUUCCGACGAUCACAUUCAAAAUGGGAAGGUUCUGAAAAUGAUUGAAAUUUUCUUGAGCCGGGAAGAUGUGCAAGGAGCGCUCUUGGGCCUCUUGAACGCGCAGAUCGUAUAG